CUUGAACCAAAAACUGAAUCAGCCUCUUGGUAACUGCAUCAAACGAUUAUAACGCCAGACUUUAUCACGAUGAUCGCCAUGAAAACUAAAUCGAUUAGCCUUCGAACAUUCAUGUUUAUGGCCUUUACUAUGCUGUUAGUUCCAUCGGAAUCGACAACCUCACAAUUUUAUCCAAAUGGAAAUUUGUUAAUAAUUCGCCACGAUGAUAACUCAAUCACUCCUAAUUCGUGGAUUGCCGGUUCGGAAGCAAAUGGUGCCUGCCCGUUUGAGAUGAAACUGGAUUUCAAUCAAAGUCGAAUUCCGGCCAAUAUCUGGAGGGCUGAAAAAAAAUACCGUUUCUGCCGAGACGUCACCAGUGGUGCUGAAACCAACCAGUUGUGCCAACCGUUCUCUAUACCAAUGCAAGUGAUGUGGAGAAACGGCACCCAAAUCAAUCAUCGAUAUCAUUAUCGCAUUGAGAACGAGAGUGUUCGCGUAGCGUUUUUGUGCAACUGAACAACUUAAACUACGCACACAUUGCCGCUAAGCCCAGCCUCUUGCAAGGGUAUAGUUGCUAAGGCCCCACAAAACGACAUGUUAUACACGAAUACAACCGUUUAUCUUUGUUCUUUCUAUCAAAUUUAAUGUGACAAAUGCGUUUGUUACGCCAAUAUAUUUGGGUAUAAUAGUGGCAUCGUCCACACUAGCAGGUUGUAUGUGACAAAUAAUUGUGAUAUCCCGUGAUUGGGUGUAUUUUAACACCAUCAUGCCUAAUGUAUUGGUACCAUACAUCUCACAAAUUUCUCACAUAAAAUUUGAUAGUGUGGACCCAGUGUUAGUAGAGUGUUCAUCGAUUCUCAUGUUUACGCUUCUGUAGAUCGGCAUACUACUGUCAUUGCUUUCUUAUUACAGCAUGGAUCCAUAUAUAGUCUGUAGAAAUGAAGAAUACAUUUUAAGUAAAUAAUUGCUAUAAAGCUAUUUGUGAUGUCAUUACUCCAUCGGAGCAAUAGUUUUUAUAUCACUUUGGUCUUUAUAAGACCAUAUCAGUAAUAUCUAUGAUAUUUAUGUAUCUAAUAUACAUAUUAUAUACUCUAUGCAUACGGAAAAAACAAAUAACUUUUUAAAAGUACGUGAUUUUAAAUUGUAUCGUUAAUAACGAAUGUGAUCGAUGUUUAACUGUAAUCAGAUAUUUUGAUGAUAAUAGCAUACUGUCAUUUUAACUCAUUUACUUUAUCUAUCGGUGUGGAAUCAUUUUAGUAUAGUGUAUCACAAUAUUAUUAAUCAAGACUCGAUAGAAUAGUAAUAGGCAUCGGCGAAAAUUGUAAAGAAUGUAAUAAUAUAAAACUUAGUUGAUGUGUACCGUAAUGAAAUAACCACAAAUUAAAUAAACACUAUUUUAUGCACCAUAAACGCCAUAGACUUGUUGCACCUUUUCUCAAAAUCUGAGAAAGGCGCUUUCGAACAUAAGCCUUAUGUCAAAUUACAUUUUUGCACAUUUCCGAGAGCGGUACUUAGGCCAUGCUUAGGCCUAUACUGAGGUGGAUAUUCGACCAUAUAUAGUAGUAUAAUGAACUUACUUCCUUGUUUGGAGAGACCCAGUAACAAUGGUACCGUAUACAGUAGUAGGCCUUUGAUACACAACUAUGAACAUUCAGGGAGGGUAUAUGGCUCUAUGACUAUUAUAACAUGUCAUAAUCCAACCUCAAGGCACUGGUUCAAUCCCUAUACAAAAUAUCAGGCAUUUUCUCACAAACUCUCGCUCACCAUUCUCUAAGCUUCUAUCGUUGGCUUGGUUGGUACCGGUAGUGAAUUUGGUUUGGAUUUCUUCAGUGUGAAAUGGUACAAUGCAGUAGAGAAAGCCCUGUACUGUCAAAUUUUAUUUGACAAAAACAUAUAUCAUGCCUAAAUAUGGUCAUGAUGACAUCACAUCAUGGCCAUAUAUAGGCACAUCAUGACUAUAAAUGGGCAUACAACAGUUUUUUAAAAGUUUGGACAGAGUUUAGGCACUAUAGUUUUGUUACAUAAAAUAACUAUGAAGUAUGUUUAAUUUUUUUAUGCGUUUGGCAAAGAGACAACAUCACUAUGAGCAACCUUUGGUUAGAUAUUUUAACGAACGAAUUAAUGUAAUCUUACUCUAUUUUUCUCAUAUGAUUUUUUUUAAUUUUUCUGGUAAGGAUAGUUUUCUACAUUGUGCAUAAUUUACUAUGAAAGCUUGAGGU